AUGAUGAGAGCUGUCAAUAACCGGACAGCUGCGAAAAUGAACGAAGUCUGACACUCGGUAGCAGCUUCGGAAAACAUGGCGGCCAAGGCGCUUCGGCAGCGAACCAGGCGAGGCAGCAGACAAGAUGCAAACAACGUGAACAUCCCCGCCGAAGCUCGGCCACCGAAAGAGGAGAAAGGCGGUGAUGACAGUAAAAUCACAGAGACUCGGCAAGAGUCAGUAAGUCGUGGAGGGCAGGUAUGGGCUCCAGAAGGUUCAACUGCAUUUAAAUGCCUACUCUCCGCACGUUUCUGUGCAGCGUUGCUCAGCAACAUCUCAGACUGCGAUGAGACCUUCAACUACUGGGAGCCUAUGCACUACCUGCUGUACGGCACAGGGAUGCAAACAUGGGAAUAUUCUCCAUUGUACGCCAUCAGGUCUUACGCUUACUUAUGGCUACACGCUCUUCCUGCUUGUUUGCAUGCCCAUGUUCUACAGACAAACAAGGUGUUGGUGUUCUACUUUGUACGAUGUGUCUUAGCAUUCUCCUGCUGUGUCUGUGAACUCUAUUUCUACAAGGCAGUUUGCAAGAAGUUUGGUUUGCAUGUGGGUCGUCUGAUGUUGGCAUUCCUCGUCCUGAGCACGGGAAUGUUCUGCUCAUCUGCAGCAUUCUUGCCUUCCUCUUUCUGUAUGUAUACGACGCUGGUUGCCAUGACGGGGUGGUUUCAGGACUCAACACCGUUAGCCAUUAUGGGCGUGGCUGCCGGUGCCAUCGUUGGAUGGCCGUUUUCUGCUCUGAUUGGGAUUCCGAUUGCCUUCGACCUGCUGGUGUUAAAGAGGGAGUGGAAAAGUUUUAUCACCUGGUCAGCUGUUGCUCUGGUUCUGCUGCUGGUACCCCUAGUGGCAGUGGACUCUUUCUUUUAUGGCAAACUGGUCAUUGCUCCACUCAAUAUUCUGCUGUAUAAUGUCUUCACACCACAUGGACCCGAUCUAUAUGGUACAGAGCCGUGGCAUUUCUACUUUGCAAAUGGAAUCCUAAACUUCAACCUGGUGUUUACUCUGGCACUGUUUUCGCUGCCACUGACUGCUCUCAUGGAGACACUGUUACACAGGUUCAAUGUGCAGAACCUGGGCCGUCCAUACUGGCUGACUCUGUCUCCCAUGUAUCUGUGGAUGUUGGUUUUCUUCACCAGACCCCAUAAAGAAGAGCGUUUUCUCUUUCCCAUCUACCCGCUCAUCUGCCUCAGCGGGGCAGUAGCCCUCUCCUCUCUUCAGAAAUGCUACCACUUCCUGUUCCAGCGGUACCGGCUAGAGCACUACACGGUCUCCUCCAACUGGUUGGCUCUAAGCGCAGUCGUGGUCUUCACAAUGCUGUCACUGUCUCGCUCUGUCGCCCUCUUCAGAGGCUACCACGCCCCUCUGGACCUGUACCCAGAGUUCCAUCGCAUUUCCAAGGAUCCGACUCUUCACUCAGUCCCUGAAGGCCGGCCUGUUAGUGUGUGUGUGGGCAAAGAGUGGUACCGCUUCCCAAGCAGCUUCCUUCUACCACUCAACUGGCAACUGCACUUCAUUCAGUCUGACUUUAAAGGGCAGCUGCCUCAGCCAUACGCCUCUGGUCCUCUGGCCACACAGAUCAUCCCAGCUAAUAUGAAUGACCAGAACCUGGAGGAGCCAACCAGAUAUGUGGAUUUACGGCAGUGCCACUACUUAGUAGACCUGGACACAGAUGAAGAGACUCCACUUGAGCCACGUUAUUCAGCCAGCAAAGAGGAGUGGAACAUCAUCGCCUAUAAGUCUUUCCUUCAAGCAUCAAGGUCAUCGCCUCUCUUCAGAGCAUUCUACAUCCCGUUUAUAUCAGACCAGCACACCACCUACAGGCGCUAUGUCAUCUUGAAACCACGGCGGCAAAAGCAGCCUCGUAAGCGGACCCAUGGCUGACCUUUGAACCUCAACUUGGUCCCAAGUACAAAUCCUAACAUCAGAAAUCAAUCACUUCCCCUCAAAGCAGCUGGUAUUUGUGAGUGUGUGCUUGUGUGCGUGAUUGUUAGACACGUGUGCAUGCAUGUGUUUUGAAGUAUUUGUCUCAUGAAGCAUUUGAAGAUAUCAGACCCUUUAAGGACAUUAUGUCUGCUUUUGGGCUUGUGUGCGUGAGUAAUGAGAAAAUGGUAUGCAUGCAGGUGUGCUUGGCAGGUAUCAGCUGGAUCUGUAUGUCAAACAUUUUAUCUCAGUUUCUGUGUGUGUUUGGCUGUGUGUAAAUGAAUGUCUUAAAGUGGAUGCACACUACAAGAUUUUACAUGGAUUUAGCCCAGGGCAGGCCGUUACACAAAUAGACGUGUUUUUUUUUCAUACUUUACUUAAAAAUGUGGCCUGAAUGGAAGAAUUUUUAUGAAUAAUUAAUGUAAAAAAUCUUGUAGUGUUUGCUUGUCUGCACUUGAACAGUAUCUUAUUGUGUGCUCUGUUGGGUGUGAGUGGUGGAGAUGAAUGAAAGCUAUGGUGCGUUAUUAAUUUAACUUGGAAUGUUAAUAAAAACAUGAUUGACUGCA